CAGCUCUUGAGGGUCCUGUUUUCAGUUUUUCGUGGAACCUUGAAGUUCUGUUUUAACCCCACUGUCCUUGAUAAACAGACUGAUUCUAUGUGGAACUUUUAUUAACACUCUCUUAAAAUAAGUCCAUUCAUAAAACUGGGUGCAGUGUAUGGAAUUGUUUCUCCAUGUUGGCUUCAGAGAAACACUAUGGGUGUUUGCCAGGUCUUCAAAACACUGAAGUUAAAUGUGUUUUAAGAAAAUACUGUUUCCAGCAAAGCAAUGGUGUUAUGCCCUGGGAGGCAGAGGCAGGUGAAUCUGAGUUCAAGGCCAGCCUGGUCUAUGGAGCAAAUUCCAGGACAGCCAGGACAGCAGAGAAACCAACUUGGAAACAACCCCACGCCGCCCCCCCCCCCCCCCCCCCCACCCUCCGGAAAAAAGUUUUCAGUAACAGUUAUCUCCGGACUGGAUUCUUUCCCUUAUCCCAGUGGCGCUACACCUUACUCUUCUGCUAAUAAGUCACCUCUCUAGGCCUUUGUUGCCCCUUGUGGUCAUGGAAAUGUCUGAGAAACUACGAAGAUGCAGAAAGGAGCUGACUGCAGCCAUAGACCGAGCCUUUGAAGGAGUCAGGCAUUCCCAGGAGUGCACAGGCCCGCAGAGGCUGGAUGCCCCAUCGCUCGCCUCCCUGCCCGUGCACAGGCUGUUCUGCCGAAACCCACUGGCAGCUUGCCCCUCUGCUGCCUCCUGCGCUGGUGCCUCAUAUGCUCCUGAGAAUGAGAACCCUGUCUUUGCACCACACCAUGUCCCAGUUAAUGCAAAGCCCCUUCCUUUAUACUCCAAAAGAAAACCUCUGACCAGCAAGGAAAAUGUCUUGAUGCACUCUUCCAUUUUGGCACGUGAAAAACAGUUUUGGAGAGCUGCAGGAGAUGGGGAAAACUGGAGAAAAGAAAGUUUAAGGGAGGAUGACUCGAAUAUGCUGCUCAGCAGUUCUAGCCGAGAGGUCACAAAGGACCUGCUGGAUAUGAUUGACCAUACGAGUAUCCGAACUAUUGAAGAACUGGCUGGAAAACUAGAAUUUGAAAACGAAUUGAACCGUGUGUGUGGACGCUGCCAAGAUUCACCCCUUAAGGAGGAGGCCUGGGCCCUGCUUGUAGACGAGAGCCCUCGGAAGUCUUUGGAUGCUGACCCUGGGAGCCUCAAGCAGGCUUUUGAUGACCAGAAUAUUGUUGAGACUGUUCUGGACUUGGAGGAGGAUUAUAACUUGAUGACCUCUUUUAAAUACCAAAUAGAGUAAGCUUAUCAGCAGCCAGUUGUGACUUUUGACAAGGGGUUGGCAGAGCCUGAAUCACCACAUACUGUAACUCCUGCCGAAUCCCAUUGUGAGCUGAGCCUGGGCUUAAUAUUCUGUUAUUUUGAAAUGUU